AUGCCGUCGGAAUCUAAGCCUUUGUUGACAGCUCAAACAGAAAAACCAAAUCAUUAUAAAUAUCUAAAGGAAUUCCGUGUGGAACAGUGCCCGUUGUUCCUACAACAUAAAUGUACACAACAUAGACCUUUUACAUGUUUCCACUGGCAUUUUAAUAAUCAAAGACGUAGAAGGCCUGUACGUAAGCGGGAUGGAUCGUUUAAUUAUAGCGCAGACAAUUAUUGUACUAAAUACAACGAGACUUCAGGAAUUUGCGAGGAUGGUGACGAUUGUCCGUACUUGCAUAGAACAGCUGGAGACACUGAGCGGCGAUAUCAUCUCCGGUAUUACAAAACUUGUAUGUGUGUCCAUGACACAGAUGCGAGGGGCCUUUGUACGAAGAAUGGGGCUCACUGUGCCUUUGCUCACGGAGCUCCCGACCUUAGACCACCAGUGUUGGACAUGAGGGAACUGCAGGCUCUAGAAAAUCCCAAUGGAACUGAUGGGGACACAGCUGCACCUAAUGCUUUAGAUAGAGAACGUAAUUUGAUGAAUGAAGACCCUAAGUGGCAAGAUACAAAUUAUGUGUUAUCAUCAUAUAAAACAGAACCAUGCAAAAGACCACCUAGGCUUUGUAGACAAGGGUAUGCAUGUCCACAAUAUCAUAAUAGUAAAGAUAAACGUAGAUCACCUCGCAAAUACAAGUACCGUAGCACACCAUGUCCUAAUGUAAAGCACGGAGAGGAAUGGGGAGAACCUAGCAGUUGUGAAGCUGGAGAUGCCUGUGGGUACUGCCACACUCGCACGGAGCAGCAGUUCCAUCCAGAGAUAUACAAAUCCACUAAAUGCAAUGAUGUACAGCAAGCUGGCUACUGCCCACGGGGUCUAUUCUGUGCCUUUGCACAUGUUGAACCUGAAGAUUUGUCAUCAAAUCGAGACAUGAGUGCUCCACUGGAGUGUGGGACCAAUCUCGCCGAUCUUCUUUCUUCGGCGUUACCCAACGACAAAAAGAAUGACGUCGGCGUGCUCGGCGGAGCCUUAGGCCUCGGCCGUCCUCUUAGUCCCCAGCCGCACACCAACGGCAGCGGAGACGGCUCCGAGUGCGCUUCGACCUCCAGCGGAGGCUCUAUACAUCAAUCGCGUCCCAUUCAAACGACAGCUCUGCAGUCAUACCAAGACCAUGAGAAGCCCCAACCGUCGUGGCCGCCACGGUCCACGUUCGACGCCACAGUCCUCCAAGAGGUAGUCGGAAACGCCCUCGACGAUAUUCACCUGGACGAUCCUUUGAACCUCGUGGCCUCUCUGGAUCGUGAUCUGUCAGACGGAGAGGGUUUGCUCGGUGGAUCGGCUCCUGUGAACAUUCCACGUCCUUCUCUCAGGGGCUUCAGCCCACCCAGCGGAGGAUCACCGUUGCCGCCGUUUCUCCGGUACGCUAGUGAUACGGACAGAUUGUUCAACUCGCAUCCGAUGAAAGCGGGAAGUUUCGGAGCGGCGGGUAACGCGUUCGAAUUCGCGGCGACUUCGCCCUCAGCCCCGGCCGAGUUAUCGAGACUGCGGGAGGAAGUGGUGGCCUCGAGGGCGGCGGCCGCUCGCUGGGAUGAGAGAAUCGCGCAGGCCCGUUCCGCUUGCGAAGCCUGGCAAAGGGAGUCCGACGAAGCACAACGCAAAGCGGCUUUGGCCGAGCGACAGAGGGACGAGGCUUUGGCCCACGCGUUGAUCCUCAAACGCGAGCUCGAAACCACACGCGCCGGCAGACGAGAGUUACGUGGCCUGCCCCUGACGGCCCUGAAGUCUCUCCAAGUACAAGUGCGUUCUGAUUUGGAGGAGAUCGAGAAGGCGCUGUAUCUAGAGACGGCGACGAAGUGUAUGGUGUGCGAAGAACAGCCCCGUAGCGUGACUCUACCCCCUUGCAACCACUAUGUGUUGUGCGAAAGCUGCGCCGGCACAGCCAAGGAGUGCCCCUACUGUCAGACUCCCAUCCAGCAUCACCAGUAG